AUGAUAGAAGGGCAUAAUGAAGAGCAAAAAGUGGUGAUAACAGAGGUUCACACUUCGGCCGAGCUGACAGCAAUCACGUCUGAUGAUGAAAAGACAAAUAAUCAACAGCAAGCUAUGGGCAAAGAUGUUGGCAUUCAAACCGAGCUAAUAGCAGUCACACUCGAUGAUGAAGAAACGAGUGACCAACAACAUGUAAUGAGCACAAACGUCGGGAACAACAGCAGUCCACCGAACGAGUUUGAGAUGAUACGUUUGAAUUUGAAUGGCGAAGAAGCAUUUGAUCAAAUACAAGUGCCAGUAGCAUUGAAGAAUUUUAAUAACGUACCAGUCAACACAAUGACAAAAAACUGUCGAAUCGUAGAAGCUGCCAUAGAGGAACUGAAUUCGGCUACUACGAACAUUAUCAACGAUAUUGGAGCAGAUCUUAGUCCUAUUGUGGGAUACGCCGAAGAGCCCUUGCUACCACUUUACAAAGCAUGUGCUCCGCUGACUGCAAUCAUUCAUAAUAUAUCGUUUUACGUUCAAUUAGCAUUGAACGAAACGCCAGAACAGCCACUCGAUGGAUUGACGAUCGACGAGAGCGCUGCAAUUCGCCUCUACACGAUCGAAUGGGAAAUAUCACAUCAAAGUCUCUAUUCGAUGCUCAAUCAUACGCUCAAGAUGGCUGAUCGCGAAAAUGUUCGACCAUAUUUCAAAUAUCUAAAACUGCUCGUAACUGCCCUAGCCAAAUUACCAUUCGUUCCACCAUUAACUAUUUGGAGAGGAGUGACUAAAAAUUUAAGCGCACAAUAUCCACCCGGCACCUUGGUGACAUGGUGGGCGUUUUCAUCGAGCACGACUUCAUUGAUCGUACUUGAGAACAGCAUCUAUUUGGGCAAUACUGGUGAUCGAACACUAUUCUCUAUCGAAGCCCUUAAUGGUCGAAGAAUAGGUGCUCAUUCGCAUUUCGUUAUCGAAGAUGAAAUUCUUCUUCUGCCCGGCACUCACAUGGUAGUUCAAUCGCAAUUUAGUCCAGCACCCGAUCUUCAUAUCGUACAUUUGAAACAGAUUAUACCGGAUAAAAUGCUACUAGAACCUCCAUUCGAAGGUAUUUUACACGUUGUCAAUCAUCAUUGUAAAUUGAAGUAUUCCUUUGCUUAG